ACAACAUCUAAACUUGAUAUAGCUAGAUUAAAUUGUGAGAUGUAUUCAAUCUUAAAGUCCUAAUUUUAUUUUUCACAAUUGUUAUUUUAUAUUAAAAACUUAACAAAUUUUGGUUUUAUGUGUAGUUUUAAUAAUAGAAUAACAAAAUAAAAAAAAAAUUUCUAGUAGUGGAAAAAACAUAGCUGUAACAUGGAUUUUCAAAACAGACCCGGUGGUAAAACUGGGGGUGGUGGUGUUGCAUCAUGGACAGAAACGAAUAAAGAUCGAAGAGAACGACUCAGACAACUGGCUUUAGAAACCAUUGAUCUUCAGAAAGAUCCUUAUUUUAUGAAAAAUCAUUUGGGGUCAUAUGAAUGUAAACUUUGUUUAACUUUACAUAACAAUGAGGGAAGUUAUUUAGCUCAUACUCAAGGGAAAAAACAUCAGGCAAAUUUAGCACGUCGAGCUGCCAAGGAAGCUAAAGAUGCUCCUCAACAACCAGCACCAGAAAAACCAAGAGUUGAAACUAAAAAGUUUGUGAAAAUUGGUCGACCUGGAUAUAGAGUUACAAAACAAAAAGAUCCAGAAACUGGACAGCAGAGUUUACUUUUUCAAAUUGACUAUCCUGAAAUAACUGAUAAUGUAAGGCCACGUCAUAGAUUUAUGUCAGCUUAUGAACAAAGAAUUGAACCACCUGAUAGGAAAUGGCAAUAUUUGUUAUUUGCUGCUGAACCUUACGAAACAAUUGCCUUCAAAGUACCAAGUCGUGAAGUUGAUAAAUCUGAAAUGAAAUUUUGGGCUCAUUGGAAUAGUCAAGCAAAGCAGUUCUAUUUGCAAUUUGCUUACAAAGUAGAACAAAUGAAGCCUCCUCCUCCUAUGAAACCUCCUCCUCCUUCUUUACCACCACCACCUCAACAUAAUAUGAUGCACCAACCUGGAUCAAAUAUGAUGUCUCACAUGUUUCCUCCUCCACCAAUGUAUAACCCAGGACCACCUCCUAUGAUGGGCAAUAUGAUGCCUCCUCCUCCUCAAUUAAUUGGUCAAUAAAAUUAUAUUUUACUUUAAAGGUGUUCAAAUUGUAAUCAUUUUCUUUUUUUUUUUUUUCAAUGUUCAUUAUAAGUGUCUGAAUAUAUCAUUUAAAUAAUCUAA